GCUCGUCUCCCCUGCGCUCGUCUCACCUGCUGCGCUCCUCUCACCUGCUGCGCUCCUCUCACCUGCUGCGCUCCUCUCACCUGCUGCGCUCCUCUCCCCUGCGCUCCUCUCCCCUGCGCUCCUCUCACCUGCGCUCCUCUCACCUGCGCUCCUCUCACCUGCGCUCGUCUCCCCUGCGCUCCUCUCACCUGCGCUCCUCUCACCUGCGCUCCUCUCACCUGCGCUCGUCUCCCCUGCGCUCCUCUCCCCUGCGCUCCUCUCACCUGCGCUCCUCUCACCUGCGCUCCUCUCACCUGCUGCGCUCCUCUCACCUGCUGCGCUCCUCUCACCUGCUGCGCUCCUCUCACCUGCUGCGCUCCUCUCCCCUGCGCUCCUCUCACCUGCGCUCCUCUCACCUGCGCUCCUCUCACCUGCGCUCCUCUCCCCUGCGCUCCUCUCCCCUGCGCUCCUCUCACCUGCGCUCCUCUCACCUGCGCUCCUCUCACCUGCGCUCGUCUCCCCUGCGCUCCUCUCCCCUGCGCUCCUCUCACCUGCGCUCCUCUCACCUGCGCUCCUCUCACCUGCGCUCCUCUCACCUGCGCUCCUCUCACCUGCGCUCGUCUCCCCUGCGCUCCUCUCCCCUGCGCUCCUCUCCCCUGCGCUCCUCUCACCUGCGCUCCUCUCCCCUGUGCUCGUCUCACCUGGGCUCGUCUCCCCUGUGCUCCGCUCACCUGUGCUCCUCUCACCUGCGCUCGUCUCACCUGCGCUCGUCUCACCUGCGCUCGUCUCACCUGCGCUCGUCUCACCUGGGCUCGUCUCCCCUGGGCUCGUCUCCCCUGGGCUCGUCUCCCCUGGGCUCGUCUCCCCUGUGCUCCGCUCACCUGUGCUCGUCUCACCUGGGCUCGUCUCACCUGUGCUCGUCUCACCUGUGCUCGUCUCACCUGUGCUCGUCUCACCUGCGCUCGUCUCACCUGCGCUCGUCUCACCUGUGCUCGUCUCACCUGGGCUCGUCUCCCCUGGGCUCGUCUCCCCUGUGCUCCGCUCACCUGUGCUCCUCUCACCUGGGCUCGUCUCACCUGGGCUCGUCUCACCUGGGCUCGUCUCACCUGUGCUCUGCUCACCUGUGCUCCUCUCACCUGA